CAUCCCCCACCCUGGAGUGAUAAGACCGGGACAGACCUGUUCCUUAACAUUACUCAUCCCAGGGACACCAGACCCUAGCAGAAGCCGGAUUUUCAGCUCUCCUGGUAACAGACCUAACUUGAGAACAAAGACAUUUCACAGCCAAGAUGAGCUGCAUUUCCUACAUAUUGGCUUUUGCCCUUUGCCUGGGAUUUUCAAUGGACCCAGUGGAAGCUGCAUCAUGUCCUGCGCCUGGCAUUCAGAUAAAUGCAACAGAAGUUUGCGAGAACAUAACCAGUAACGAUGUUGGAAGGUCCUCAAAUUUCACUCAUUUAAUCUGUGACAAUCUACACAACUUGUCAACAUGGAACAGUUCCUUUAUCAGGGAAGCAUUGGAGUUCCUGCUGAGGAAAGACGUUGAUUUACAGCUAAGUGUUGUGAAGCUCCUUGUCAGCAAAGUGAACGGGAAAGAGCUGGAGGAAGCAUUGGAAGAAUUUAAUGACAAGGUUGUUAACUCCUCACGGAUCCCAUCGGAAUGGAAAGGCUUUGCACUGGAGGCAUUAUGGGAUGGGAAGCUGAGAAACGAGGAGCUUUAUAAUGAGACAGAGUUUGUGGGGCCAUGGUUCCAGAAGAGGUUAAGGCCCUUUUUAGCUGCAGUCUCUAUCGACAUACUCCAGUGCCUUCGGAAUGAGACCUUGGGAUGCGCGCAGUAUCAGGCAAUAGUUAAAGGCCUGGAUCUGGAAUUUAAAAAGAUGAACCACAGUACCCAAGAGGAAGUCUACAGUGCUUUCCAGCUUCCUUACCUGAAAGGGUUAAACGUUGCAGGGUCAGCUUGUGUUGAUGGCCUUAACACCAGCACGGCUUGGCUAACGGCCAACUUUAGAAACUUCAGCAGACACGCUGCAUAUCACGACUUGCUCUCUCUGAACUCCAGAUUUAAUGGGUUCGAUGUGCUCAGUAGUCUGACAGUGAAGCAGCGUGCACAGUUAUCAGCCACCCAGGGGACCUUGCAGACCCCCGAAGAUGUUCAGAGACUGAUGAGUUUUGUGACCACCUCUACAGUAACCGAGUACAUCGAUGAAUUGAACAGACAGGUCAGGCUGGCCAACCUGAGUCUGAAGGGGGACAUCAGAGCCACGCUGCUACAGCACAUCCUAGCUGCAGCCCAGCCAAUAUUUCAGAAGGCAGAUGAUGCUGAAUUCGUGCACUGGAUGGAUCCUCGCCUUGCAGGCUUGAUCUCAGGACUGAACAGCACCCAUGUCCCACUCGUUUUCAACGGUCUAGAAUCUAGAAACUGCUCUGCCAUCAAUGCUGUAGUAACUGUGCUUAAUAGCUCCAUCACCGACUUCAGCAACACCACGCGACAGAGCAUUUACCGCGGGAUACUGAACGUGACAGCCGGUUCCUCCCUACGGUGCUACAUCACAAACACUAGCUUCGCCAUGUAUUUAAGAGAGACGUUUCAGGGCUUUGCUGCUUUUCUGAAUCUGAGAGAUCUCGCCUCCAUCGUUCCAGCAUCUGAAAUCCAAACGAUUGUGAAUACAAUGGCCCCAGCUGCACUGGCUGAUUUGUUAUCCAGUUCUGACUUUCUCAAUGACAACAACUUCCUGACCGUUCUUCUGAAGAACUAUAAAAGGAGAGGGGCCUUCAUUGACCUGUUUAACCAGAGGAGCAUUAUGGACACCCUCCCAAAUGACACCAGGACAGCCAUUCUGGCUGGUGUGUGGCCUGCGGUGUUGAGGAGUGACAAUGAGACAGUGGUGGACACGUGGCUCAGCGCACGUCUGUCGCAAUAUUUCAGUUUUAUCCAAGGCAACAUACUGAACUUCAGUGGGACCCGGAAUGCCAGCUGCACAGCGUUCCGCACGAUCGUGGGCAAACUGAGCAAUAACAUUACAGCUUUCAAGGUCAGCCAGCAAGAGAUCUAUAAUUUCACCAAAGACUAUCUCACCGCAACAAGUGCUAGACCCAGAUGUUACAAUGCCAGUGACCCACGCACAGCAAAUUGGUUUGCUGCUUACCUUGGGCGUUCCAUCCGCUACAGCAGUGCGGACGAUGUAAGAUCAUUCAUCAACAACAACGCAACACUUCUCCAGGAUCUAGCCAUAAACCCAGACAACCUGAGACUCAUCAACCACACAAGAAUCCAUAAGGACGUAGCAGAGCUGUAUGCCACAGCGCUGUUUGCCAAGAAUUCAAACUUCAGUCUUGUCAACCUUCCAGACCAGCUCCUCUGCUUUGCCAGACAUUCUACUGCAAUACGCCUGCUCAACUCCAGUGCUUCACUGAGCAUCAUUGCUAGGAUAAACCUCCAUUGUGUCCCUUCAAACGCAUCAGAACUCAACGACCCCUUUACCACUGACCGCCAGCUUGCAACUAUGCUCGUAGCUCAGAUCACUACUUUUGAUGCAAGGACCCUGGCUGCUUUGGGGCAGCAAGCCGUGGGGCUGACCUCCGGGCAGAUUUUAGAACUGAGAGCUCAGGAUAUAGCAGAUCCACUGGCCUUGCAGUCGCUUGGACAAGUCAACGGCUGGGAUAGGGGACAAUCUCAAGGGCUGAUGAAUAAGUUAAUCAGCAGUAAUUUCACGUUUGAUACGGCAGAGGCGUUUCAGAGACUUGGAAGGUUGGUGCCAGGCCUCCCCAGUCGCGUCUUCAAUAACAUCACAGCAGACACUGCGAUGAAGAUGGCUAAGAAUGCCAAUUUCCAUAGAGCCAUCAAGAAGGCUCCUGGCUAUUUAAAGAGAGCUUUUGUGGCCAAGAUCAUCUCCAAUUCCUCAUCGCUGAAUGACAUUUUAAAUAACGUGCCAGAUGAUUUGGUGGACCAGGUUCCAAUCCCAUUGUUGGUGUUUCGAGACGAGCUCCUAGAUCUUCGCAAAAUCAACGAGAAACAAUGGACACCAGAGCAGGCAGCUGUGUUUUUUGUGGAUGUAUUGAAUGCUACCGAUAAUUACGCUGACCUUUCAGCAGCAGUGCUGCAAGGUUUCCAGUGCGGCGCAGCCAGCAGACUGUCGCCUGACAAGAUCUCGUCGCUGGUGGAACACGUGAAAAACAAAACCGCCACGCUGAGUGCUCACCAGUUAUCCUGCAUGGCCAACAUACUAGCUGCAAAGAACCUGACAGCAAACUUCACCAGCUACCCACCAGACGUGCUGCUCUUCUUUGAUUUCACCCAAGUGCAGAAUCACACCUGCAAAGAGUUUUACAGUCUGGCUUCCCAAGGGAAUCUAAACCUGCUGCCAAAUGGAUCGGCCCAAAGAACACAACUCCUGAAUAAUGCAUUAGUGUGCCUGGGCAGGGUGAAUAACACACUCAGCAAGGAACAGCUUAGCAGCCUCGGAGCGUUGGUGUGUGACAUGGAUCCAGCAGCCAUCACAGACUCCGACCCUCAGAUCCUGGAGAAUCUGAAGCUCUGUCCAGAUCUAACAGGGGCCCAGAAAGCUGCUCUCAACGCUCUCCUCAGCAGUGGGGAAAGCCAGGAUGGGGCUCCUUUAUCAUGGGAUUUAGGGAGUUUGCAGAGUCUUGGAUCACUCACUUUGUAUCUGAACCGGACAACUUGGAGGUCAGUCAAGGAGGGUGUGAGAAAGGCCUUCUUCAGAAGUGUUGUCGAUGGGUACCAAACCCAAAGUGCAUCUCAGAAGGAGAAAACCAUGCUCCUCUUAAAAUCUAUUGGCUCUGCAUCACCUUCAUCUUCCAGAUCUAAACGUGCCACUGAACAAUGCAAGUCUGAACCUAUCACUGCCAGCACCAUCCAAGACCCCCUCUUCAUUGUGUAUUAUGACACUAAGGGGCAAUUUGAUGCAUGCUUGAGUAACGAGGUUUUGAAAGCCAACCUGGUUCCAUUGCUGGAGCACCCUCUCACAGAGGAGUACCUUGAUGUCAUGAAAAGAAAACUCAGUGAGAUUUACCCCGCUGGGAUCCCAGAGGACCAGUUAAAGCUGUUUGGUCAGUUAUCACGCCGCUACGAUGGGAACGAGAUCGGCACGUGGAGAGUGACUUCCAGUGACACACUAUCAGCCUUACUGGAUCCAGCAGGCGGACGCUGGAAGGCAUCUGGGGCCAAGCAACUGAUCACUAGAUACACGGACUUGGGGGGCACCUUAACUGGACCCUUACUUCAGAAAAUUGGUGGUAGAGAUCUGUGUGGGCUGGAGGAUGAUCAGAUUAAUAAAAUAAGCCCAGAAGCAAUUGGGACUGCUGGGAAAUUAGACAUUUCUUCUUGUUCACAAAGCAAGAAAGACCGGCUGUAUGCAAAAGCCCGUGAUGCCUUUGCUAGCCAAACUGGAACCAGUGCUUACUACCCUUUAAUUCAGCCAUAUUUAGGUGGAGCGCCAAUAAAGGACCUGGAACACUUAGCAGGAUCUAAUAUUGCCAUGGAUAUCGACACAUUUACUUCCUUAAAACCCAGCGAACUGCAGAACCUCAGUGUCCAGAAUGUGAAAAAUUUGCUUGGUGUAAACCUCCCUGAUCUAAAACGAGCUGAAAAUCAUCCAUCCGUGAGCAGCUGGAUCCAGAGGCACUAUCAAUCGGAACUGGACAGCGUCCUGGGCAUCGGUCUGCUCGGGGGAAUGUCAGAGCCAGUCUCAGAGGCAACUGCUAGCAGUGGGACUUCCGCUACCCCUGAUACCAGCACCACCCCACCGACCACCACCUACAAUGUCACCAUCCCCCACGAAACCACCUCCCCACCUGCUAUCAUUGCCCCACUUGCUACCAUCCACAAUACCACUACUACCCACAACACCACCUCCCCACCUGCUACCACCUACGAUGACACCACAACCUACGAUGACACCACCACCCACGACACCACUUCCCCACCAGCUACCACCUACAAUGACACCAUCCCCCACAACACCACUUCGCUACCUGUUAUGAUCACCCCACUUGCUACCAUCCACAACACCACUUCCCCACCUGCUACCACCUACAAUGAUACCACCACCCAUGACACCACUUCCCCACCUGCUACCACCUACAAUGACACCACCACCCACGACACCACUUCGCUACCUGUUAUGAUCACCCCACUUGCUACCAUCCACAAUACCACUACUACCCACAACACCACUUUCCCACCUGCUACCACCUACAAUGACACCAUCCCCCACAACACCACUUCCCCACCUGCUACCACCUACAAUGACACCACCACCCACGACACCACUUCCCCACCUGCUACCACCUACAAUGACACCACCACCCACGACACCACUUCGCUACCUGUUAUGAUCACCCCACUUGCUACCAUCUACAAUACCACUACUACCCACAACACCACUUCCCCACCUGCUACCACCCACAAUAUCACCAUCCUACCUGCUACUAUCCACACUACCAUCCCCCCAACUGCUAUUAUCACCCCAACUAGCAUCACCCACAAUACCACCUCCCUACCUGGUCCCACCCACAACACCACCUUCAUCACCUCCCACAAGAAGCCUGUCACUUCCCCCCAGCCCACCCCAAACUCCACUUCCCCAUCUCCCAUCACCUCCACAUCCACCCAAAAGACUGUCCUCACCCCAGCUUCCAGCACCACAACAUCCACUGGCAAGUCUACCCCUACCUCAACAGCUACCACUCCCACAAGCCCUGGCAAGACGGCUGUUCCCCCUGCACCGGCCACCACCGUGUCUUCCACAACCAUGAUCACCCCCAAGACAGCCACUAAAAAACCAGCUACCAACACGACAUGGCCACCAAAGCCACUACCACCAGGAUACAUCAUUCUUGAACCGGUCACCGCGUCAGGAUCCAAACCAGCUUUCCGUUUGCUGCAUGCCAUCUCCGUUACCAUCGGAAUCUCCUUGUUGAGCAGGGUUCUCUAAUGCCACCGUCACAGGCUCUGCCUCCACCACGUUCCUCCUUCCUUUCAUUCCUCCCCUGACCCAAAGUAGCUGAGAUGGCAGCUGCAGAUGUUUCAUAUCCCCCCCAAAGGGAAGCAGUGAUGCCAUGAAAAGCAAAGACGCACAGUAUAUCAAGCAGCUGUAGCACCGUCACUCUGAUUCCCUGGAGCAAUGCAAUCAUCCCGGAGAAAAGGGAAAGCAUGUUAGCACUACGCCAAACAGCACACUGUGGGUGUUGUCGCUCAGCGGUUCGGAGAGAAGAGCAUUACAAGAGUCUCACACCAGGACCAGGAGCAGCAGCAUGCAGAAAAUCCCCAAAGGACCCUUCCUAUCGGCUCACUUUGCCCCAUCCAUGGGUAUGCAAAGCCUUCUCCAGCUGAUCUCCCAAGGCCAAGCCCUCCUCAGGAGCAGCACCUGAUGCGUACUCUGCAUUUCCUUGGUCAGCAAGGGUGAAGCCAGCCCAUAGGGUUACCUGGAGGAAAGUCCAGUUGUGGGGAAGGUUGCAGGGGGUAAAGGACACAGGCUGAAAUACUGAUUCAGUUUGAAAUAAACAGGGGACUAUGGUAAGGCAGAUGCAUUGCUGAUGUAACUUCACUGGUUUCAACAGGGUGAGGCUAGCCAUGAAUUUGACCCACUGUUCUGUGCACGGCACAUUAACUACGCCUGGUUACCGAUAAAACCGAUCGGGCCAAGUCCUUGGUUGGUGUAAAUUGCCACACUGCCAUUGAAGUCAAGGGAGCUGCAGCAAAUUACACCACCAGGGAAUAACGUUAUCGGGGGCGGGGGUGGGGAAUCACCAUUUUUCCAGCCAAAAAAUACAAGUCAAAAUAAAGUCAGAUGACUGUGAGUUCUAGUCUCCCAUUACAACAACCUGGACCUCUCCGCCAUGCUGGGGUCUUUUAUCUGCUGGGGAUCAGUGUCACCAUAUGGCUAACAGGAACCUAUCCCGGGGCCGGCUUCAGUUCCAAAAUAUUUCGGAUUUCAGGCUGCGAGGCAGGCAUGAGCCUGGAAGACACACCUGCCUACUAGAUAAAUACCAGUCAUAAUACUCUGAUCAAUUGUAUUGUGGUUGGGUUGGGCUCCAUAUUGAUCUGUCAAGGGGCUCCACUCUGCCACCCUUCCUUACAUGGGGGAGAACUUGAGCCAUAACUAGUCCCAUUGGAAUCACAAUUGAAACUCGUGGAGUAAGUCACUGCCCACUGUAAGAGGCGCAGAAUCGGGUCUAUUAUUCUUGCGCUAUAAACACAGUAGUGUCAUGUAUCCAUCUGACGGCUCUGCCAGAAAUCCCAUAGAUGUAUUUAAUUUGCUUUAUUUUGGACUUAUGAGAGAUCUUUGAUCAGGAUUUGUUCAAGCCCUGCCAAAGCCACUUGGGUGGGAACAUUUAUUUAAAAGCGUGUAUAUGGAUUAUCAUUUUACUGCUGUAUAGGCAACAUCAGGCAAAGUAUUUUACUUUUUCCUAAUCACAGAUGUCCCUUGAUGUGUACAAUGCUUUCAGUUUAAGCUGUCUUUCCACUUAGUUUUAAUAAAAUAUGCCAGUUCCGUUCAUA